AUGAAGACCCAAAUGGAUGAUGACAGAGACAGGGUUGAUUCAAUUCACCUCGAGGGCGAAGGUCAUAGCUCCAUACCCACGAUUCCUCAGAUCCUCGCGACCAAAGAUCAAUUCAACAUCAGUGUCCAACGCGUCGAAGCCGACAACAACCCUUUCGCCUCCGAGGAAGACGACGAUGAUGAUGACGAUGACGACCAACCGACCUUAGCGUACAGUGCCACUGUACGGAGACCAAAGACUAUGGCGCAGAUUGAUUCAAUGGAUGGCAAGACCAAAGCUUGCGACCGCAACACUACGUUUGACUCGUUCAUUGCCAAUGAGAAGCUGGCAACUGCCAAGAAGGACAAGAGCCUGAGUCACAAUUCGCAAAUGCUGAGGGGCCUACGGAAGAUAUUUCGUGUUGGAAGAAGAAAGUGAAUAUGACUUGAGAUGAAAGCUACAGGUACGCGAGAACCGACUGUUUAUCAUUCAUUCUGUUUGAAGUUUUGCUAAUUGAAUGGCGAUGUAGGAGUGUUGUGGAUCCAACAGCAAUCAAGAUAAACAACACUGUACCAAUAUGUACAUAAUACGCGUCCGACAUGAUACCAACCACCCUUCUGCACUCACUUGCAGUCUCCUUUGUUCAAUUAUAGUUAAUGGAAGAGGGUUCUUGACCCGGAUAUAAUUUCUAUACUAUUUUACUUCACGCGAUGGAGACGUAACUCCAAAAGCUCACUCUAUUCUCGAUAUCAAACACGUAGCUCUAUGAUCUUAGACAGUCCCUCUCAUGUCUCUGCCCCCUCCUCUUCGAUUAACUUCGCGCGCAUGGAAAAACGCAUAACUCAUGAGCUCUUCCGCCAUUACUCCUCAGACGCC